AUGGAGGUGGAAAGCUUUGUGUCCAAGACCCUAGAGCUCCUUCAGGAGGAGAGAGAAGCGGAGAUCGAGGAGACAAGGUGUGUAUUUAACUUAGCGUCAGUUUAGCCUUUUAGGUCACAAUGCGUGAUACAUACAGUGCCUUGCAAAAGUAUUCAUCCCCCUUGGCGUUUUUCCUAUUUUGUUGUAUUACAACCUGUAAUUUAAAUGAUUUGGACAUACACAAAAUAGUCCAAAUUGGUGAAGUGAAAUGAAAAAAAUAACUUGUUUAAAAAAAUGCUAAAAAAUAAAUAACGGAAAAGUGGUGCGUGCAUAUGUAUUCACCCCCUUUGCUAUGAAGCCCCUAAAUAAGAUCUGGUGCAACCAAUUACCUUCAGAAGUCACAUAAUUAGUUAAAUAAAGUCCACCUGUGUGCAAUCUAAGUGUCACAUGAUCUGUCACAUGAUCUCAGUAUGUGUGUAUAUGUGUAUAUAUAUAUAUAUAUACCUGUUCUGAAAGGCCCCAGAGUCUGCAACACCACUAAGCAAGGGGCACCACCAAGCAAGCGGCACCAUGAAGACCAAGGAGCUCUCCAAACAGGUCAGGGACAAAGUUGUGGAGAAGUACAGAUCAGGGUUGGGUUAUAAAAAAAUAUCAGAAACUUUGAACAUCCCAUGGAGCACCAUUAAAUCCAUUAUAAAAAAAUGGAAAGAAUAUGGCACCACAACAAACCUGCCAAGAGAGGGCUGCCCACCAAAACUAACGGACCAGGCAAGGAGGGCAUUAAUCAGAGAGGCAAUAAAGAGACCAAUGAUAACCCUGAAGGAGCUGCAAAGCUCCACAGCGGAGAUUGGAGUAUCUGUCCAUAGGACUACUUUAAGCCGUUCACUCCACAGAGCUGGGCUUUACGGAAGAGUGGCCAGAAAAAAGCCAUUGCUUAAAGAAAAAAAUAAGCAAACACGUUUGGUGUUCGCCAAAAGCCAUGUGGGAGACUCCCCAAACAUAUGGAAGGAGUUACUCUGGUCAGAUGAGACUAAAAUUGAGCUUUUUGGCCAUCAAGGAAAACGCAAUGUCUGGCGCAAACCCAACACCUCUCAUCACCCCGAGAACACCGUCCCAACAGUGAAGCAUGGUGGUGGCAGCAUCAUGCUGUGGGGAUGUUUUUCAUUGGCAGGGACUGGGAAACUGGUCAGAAUUGAAGGAAUGAUGGAUGGCGCUAAAUACAGGGAAAUUCUUGAGGGAAACCUGUUUCAGUCUUCCAGAGAUUUGAGACUGGGACGGAGGUUCACCUUCCAGCAGGACAAUGACCCUAAGCAUACUGCUAAAGCAACACUUGAGUGGUUUAAGGGGAAACAUUGAAAUGUCUUGGAAUGGGCUAGUCAAAGCCCAGACCUCAAUCCAAUUGAGAAUCUGUGGUAUGACUUAAAGAUUGCUGUACACCAGCGGAACCCAUCCAACUGGAAGGAGCUGGAGCAGUUUUGCCUUGAAGAAUGGGCAAAAAUCCCAGUGGCUAGAUAUGCCAAUCUUAUAGAGACAUACCCCAAGAGACUUGCAGCUGUAAUUGCUGCAAAAGGUGGCUCUACAAAGUAUUGACUUUGGGGGGGUGAAUUGUUAUGUACGCUCAAGUUUUCUGUUUUUUUUUGGGUAUUAUUUCUUGUUUGUUUCACAAUAAAAAUAUUUUGCAUCUUCAAAGUGGUAGCAUGUUGUGUAAAUCAAAUGAUACAAACCCCCAAAAAAUCUAUUUUAAUUCCAGGUUGUAAGGCAACAAAAUAGGAAAAAAGCCAAGGGGGGUGAAUACUUUCGCAAGCCACUGUAUGGCCCCAGAAGCCAGAGUAUUGCCUGUGGCCCCUUCCAUAACCAGUGUCGUUUUGUAUUGAAGACCCCUUCCAAAGGAAUCGUACAAAACUGACCAUGUUUCCUUUCUGUUGUUUGUUUUUUAAAGAUGUUUUGGUCUGUAUGUAUUGUGUUCGUUGCUAAAUGAAUUGCCUCAUUGAGGACAUUUUCUGAAUCUGAAUGUUUCCUCUGGUUGUGUAUCUGUAGGCUAUGGCAGGAGAAUGUCUCUCUGAAAGAUCUCCAGAGUAAAGGCGUGUGUCUUCUGAAGCUGCGGAUAGGAAGCCAGUCGACUGGCCUUUAUGGGCGAUCGCUCAUCCUUCUAGAACCCAGAAAACACAUGGGCGUCUCCGUGCUACCUAGCAACAACUUUGGACCCGGUAAGAACGUUGAAUAUCAUAGCUCAUGCUCUAGCCAUCUUUAUGUAAUUAUCUACUGUAAGAAAGACUUUACAUACAGUGGUAGCCUGGUACCAUAUAUUCGAUGGCCAUUGGAGUUGGCUAAAAGCACAAACAGGGUCUAUGAAAAGGCUAUUUACAUAGGCUAAACUAAAUGAAUAACUCUCUGAUUGGUUUGUCUGUGGUUGCAGGAGACAUAGUGGGUGUGUAUGACUUGGAUGGCUGUAAGCCGUCCUCCCAGCUGGCCACUGGUGUAGUGACCCGUAGCAGUCAGUCAGCUAUAACCGUAGCCUGUGAGGACUCACCAGACGGGCUCAACCUGGACACAGACGCUCUGUACAACCUCAUGAAGCUGGCUAACGAUGUCACGUACAAACGCAUGAAAAAGUUAGUAAGAAAACCUAUGCCUGAGUUUAACCGUUACCCUGACCUUAACCCUGACCUCACUCCCUAACCCUGACUCUAAUCCUGACCUCACUCCCUAACUCUGACUCUAAUCCUGACCUCACUCUCUGACUCUAAUCCCGACCUCACUCCCUAACCCUGACUCUAAUCCCGACCUCACUCCCUAACUCUGACUCUAAUCCCGACCUCACUCCCUAACCCUGACUCUAAUCCCGACCUCACUCCCUAACUCUGACUCUAAUCCUGACCUCACUCUCUGACUCUAAUCCCGACCUCACUCCCUAACCCUGACUCUAAUCCCGACCUCACUCCCUAACCCUGACUCUAAUCCCGACCUCACUCCUAACCCUGCCCUCAAAUCCGACCUCACUCCCUAACCCUGACUCUAAUCCCGACCUCACUCCCUAACCCUGACUCUAAUCCCGACCUCACUCCCUAACCCUGACUCUAAUCCUGACCUCACUCUCUGACUCUAAUCCCGACCUCACUCCCUAACCCUGACUCUAAUCCCGACCUCACUCCCUAACCCUGACUCUAAUCGACUCCUCCUACUGAUUAACCUGACUCACUCUAACCUGACUCUAAUCCGACCUCUCCUAACCCGACUAAAUCCCGAUACUCCUUAAUCUGACAUGCUGCCUCAAACCAAACUGACUCUAUACCCGACUCAUUCUAACUGACUCUAAUCCCACCUCUCCUGCCUGUCUAUGCGAGUCUCUGGUUUUAAAUGACUGGAGCCCUAACCCCUGACCUAAUCUGCCCUGCUCUGACCGACAAUCAGUCACGCUAUACCCUACCGUGAAUUACCAGACCUCAACCUGACCACACCGACCUCACUCCUAACCUGAUCUAAUCCGAUCUCACCUACAACGACUCUAAAUUCCGACCUCAACCUAACCCUGAUCUAAUCCGUCUACUCCCUACCCUGACUUAACCCGAACUCACUCCCUAACUCUGACUCUAAUCCUGACCUCACUCUCUGACUCUAAUCCUGACCUCACUCCCUACUACUCUAAUCCCCCUCCCUAACCCUGACUCUAAUCCCGACCUCACCAUCGCUCUAACCCGACUCAAUCCCACACCUGACUUAUCCCUACCUACCCUAAUCCCCAACCCGACUCCCCUAACUCUGACUCUAAUCCCACCCACUCCCUAACCCUGACUCUAAUCCCGACCUCACUCCCUAACCCUGACUCUAAUCCCGACCUCACUCCCUAACCCUGACUCUAAUCCCGACCUCACUCCCUAACUCUAAUGACCUCACUCCCAAACCCUGACCUAACUCACUCUAAUCCUGACCCUCACUCCCUACUCACCUAACCCCGACUCUCAUCCCGACCUCAUCCUAACCCGACUCUAAUCCCACCUGACUCUAACCCCGCCCUCAUCCUACUCACUCUAACCCGACUCAUCCCAACCCCUAACCCGACCUCACUCCAACCCGACCUCCACCUCCCUAACCCUGACUUAAUCCCGACCUCACUCCCUAACCCUGACUCUAAUCCCGACCUCACUCCUAACUCUGAUCUAAUACCUGACCUCUCCCUAACUCUGACUCUAAUCCUGAUCACUCCACCCUGCCUAACCGACCUAACUCCUAACUACUCCUAACCUGACUCUAUCCCUAACCCUCACUCUAACCUGACUCUAUCCCGACCUGACUUCCCUACCUACUCUAACCCGACCUCAACUCUAACUCUGAAUCCUAACCCUGACCUCCUCCCUAACCCUGACCUAAUCCUACCUCACUCCCUAACCCUGACUCAAUCCCGACCUACUCCCUAACCCUGACUCUAAUCCGACCUCACCCCUAACCCUGACUCAUCCCGACCUCACUCCCUAACUCACUCUAUCCUGACCUCACCCUAACUCUGACUCUAACUCCGACCUCAUCCCAACCCUGACUCUAAUCCCGACCUCACUCCCUAACUCCCUGACUCUACCCUACCCUACUCUAACUCCUGAACUCAUCCUACCCUCUCUAACCCGACCUAUCCCUAACCCUAUCCUAACCGACCUCACUCCUAACCUAUUCCAAUCCCGUCCCAGCCUGAACCUCUAAUCGGCUCACUCCAACCCUGACAAUCCCCGAUUCACUCCAGACUGAUCUCAUUCCGACCUCACUCCCUAACCCAACCAAGUAAGGCUGCCUCUGAGCACCAUGCUAUAGCCUACUACACACUAGACUUUAAUCCCCACCUCACCCUAACUCUAUUACCUACCGUCACCCAACCCUGACUCUAUCUACCUCACUUACCAACCUGACUCUACCACGUACACACCUGAUCUAAUCCUGACUCACCCACUGAUGUAUCUAUAGCACCACUCUAACCCUACUUAAGCCACUGCUAUUGCCUACUUGCACCUAACUCUGACUUCACCCUCACACUCACCCUAACUUGACCAUCUGCACACCAUCCUAACUUGACUUAAUCCACCUCAUUCCCUAACUGACUCUACCCGACCAUCAUUCCCUACUCGACUCAACACCCCACCUUCACCUACUCGACCUAACCUGACUAACCCUAAUGACAUAAUCUGACCCUUCAACUAGAAUCUAAUCUAAUCUGCCACUACUCCCAAUCUGAAACUAAUCCUGACCUCCUCACAAAACUCUGCUCUAACCUGACCUCACUUCCCUAAUCUGACUCUAAUCUGACCUCACUCCUAACUCUGACUCUAAUCCCCGACCUCACUCCCUUAACUCUGACUCUAAUCCCCGACCCACUCCCUAACUCGACUCUAAUCUGACCUCACUCCCUAACUCUGAUCUAAUCCUGACCUCACUCCCUAACUGACUCUAAUUCCCGACCAUCACUUCCUAACUCUGACUCAACCCGAACCUCAUUCCCUAAUCUGACUCUACAUCCCCGACCUCACUCCUAACUCUGACUCUAAUCCUGGACCUCACUCCCUAACUCUGACUCUAAUCCUGACCUCACUCCCUUAAACUCUGAUUUUAAUCCCCGACCUCACUCCCUAACUCUGACUCUAAUCCCGACCUCACUCCUAACUCGACUCUAAUCCCUGACCUCAACUCCCUAAAUCUGACUCUAAUCCCGACUCACUCCCUAACUUGACUCUUAAUCCCCGACCUCACUCCCUAACUCUGACUUAACACCUGACCUAUCCCUAACUCUGACUCUAAUCCUGACCUCAUCCCUAACUUGACUCUAAUCCUGACUCACUCCCUAACUCUGACUCUAAUCCCCCACCUCACUCCCUAACUCUGACUCUAAUCCUGACCUCACUCCCUAACUCUGACUCUAAUCCCCCACCUCACUCCCUAACUCUGACUCUAAUCCCUGACCUCACUCCCUAACUCUGACUCUAAUCCCUGACCUCACUCCCUAACUCUGACUCUAAUCCCCACCUAUUCCAAUACUUGUUGUCCGCAGGGCCUUGAACACUCUGAAUGGGUACAGCAGUGGACCAGCCUCGGAUUUGAUCAGCGUUCUCUUUGGCUAUUCCGAACCUGGCUCUUUAUCACAACCAAGUAAGCCUGCCUCUCUGGAAGAUGCUAUUAGCCUCCUGUAGCACACCAGAUCAUACCCUUCUUAAAUAGAAGAAUGACAAAAUUAUUGCCUAUGUGAUUUUGGACAUCAGAAAAAAUAUUCACCUGUCUGAAAAAACUUCUUAGACGCAAAUAUAAGAUUGACAAUUGUCUCCUCUUAUUUGUUCAGAUGAUCUGUCUUUCCUGAACACUGGUCUGGAUGAGUCUCAGAGGGAGGCGGUGUCGUUUGCUCUGUCUCAGAGAGAGGUAGCUGUGAUACACGGACCACCAGGCACUGGCAAGACAACCACUGUGGUGGAAAUUAUCCUCCAGGUGGUCAAACGGGGACAGAAGGUAGAGAUGAUGUCAUACAGUACAUUGGUGUGUCCAUUCUGAUCAAGAGAAGUAUCAAGUUAUGACAGUCUUUUGACACACAAGUCAAUAUGUUCUAUUGAAAAAUUGCUGAAUCUGGCUUUAAAUAUGGUUUAGGUAAUCCUUUUUAAAUAUGGUUUAGGUAAUCCUUUUUAAAUAUGGUUUAGGUAAUCCUUUUUAAAUAUGGUUUAGGUAAUCCUUUUUAAAUAUGGUUUAGCUAAUCCUUUUUAAAUAUAGUUUAGGUAAUCCUUUUUAAAUAUGAUUUAGGUAAUCCUUUAAAUAUGGUUUAGGUAAUCCUUUAAAUAUGGUUUAGGUAAUCCUUUUUAAAUAUGAUUUAGGUAAUCCUUUAAAUAUGGUUUAGCUAAUCCUUUUUAAAUAUAGUUUAGGUAAUCCUUUUUAAAUAUGAUUUAGGUAAUCCUUUAAAUAUGGUUUAGGUAAUCCUUUAAAUAUGGUUUAGGUAAUCCUUUUUAAAUAUGGUUUAGGUAAUCCUUUUUAAAUAUGGUUUAGGUAAUCCUUUUUAAAUAUGGUUUAGGUAAUCCUUUUUAAAUAUGGUUUAGGUAAUCCUUUUUAAAUAUAGUUUAGGUAAUCCUUUUUAAAUAUGGUUUAGGUAAUCCUUUUUAAAUAUGGUUUAGGUAAUCCUUUUUAAAUAUAGUUUAGGUAAUCCUUUUUAAAUAUGGUUUAGGUAAUCCUUUGUAAUCAUUGGUUCAUUGUUUUGUUCGUCACACUUGGACCAGAUGUUGACUCUUAUUGGUGUUUGUCUGUUUGUCCUGUAGGUCCUGUGUUGUGCUGGUUCCAACGUGGCGGUGGAUAACCUGGUAGAGCGCCUGGUCAAGGCCAAAGCUAAGGUGCUGAGACUAGGCCACCCUGCCCGCCUGCUAGAGUCCAUUCAGAAACACUCACUGGACGCCGUCCUCGCUCACAGUGACAACAGCAACAUCAUCGCUGACAUACGCAAAGACAUCGACAAAGCUUUUGUAAGUAUUGAUAAUAUGGCAUCAAUGAUAAUGACAUCUUAAUAUGAAAGCGUUUGUGAGUGUGAUGGGUUUCCAUUAGCGCUAACACCAGCUUGGUCUCUAAUUAUUUGACUGUUCAAUUAUGAUAACAGAUUAUUUGGUAUCAGAAGUUACUGUAAUAUACAGAAUAUCAAUGUCCAGAAACUCUACAUGUCAUAGCACUGGUUAACUCCCAGCUCCUGGCAUUCAUUAGUAUUUGUGAAAAGGCUUUUAAGCUUAGAAAGUAAGGUAAUUUUCUUUAGUGUAUUUUCUGGAUGUAUUGGAAGGCUUCUAGGUUAGAUAUGAAUGUUUUCUCAAUGUGUAGAUGGGGAUGAAGAAGAUUCGUGACAAAGGAGAUCGGGUCAACCUGAAGAGGGAGGUAGGAGAGCUGAGGAAAGAGCUGAGGACCAGGGAAGCUGCGGCCAUUACUGAGGUCCUCAAACGAGCUGACGUUGUCCUAGCCACUAACACAGGUGAGCGAUGGUGGAUAUCAACGUUGUCCUAGCCACUAACACAGGUGAGCGAUGGUGGAUAUCAACGUUGUCCUAUCCACUAACACAGGUGAGCGAUGGUGGAUAUCAACGUUGUCCUAGCCACUAACACAGGUGAGCGAUGGUGGAUAUCAACGUUGUCCUAGCCACUAACACAGGUGAGCGAUGGUGGAUAUCAACGUUGUCCUAGCCACUAACACAGGUGAGCGAUGGUGGAUAUCAACGUUGUCCUAGCCACUAACACAGGUGAGCGAUGGUGGAUAUCAACGUUGUCCUAGCCACUAACACAGGUGAGCGAUGGUGGAUAUCAACGUUGUCCUAUCCACUAACACAGGUGAGCGAUGGUGGAUAUCAACAUUGUCCUAGCCACUAACACAGGUGAGCAAUGGUGGAUAUCAACGUUGUCCUAGCCACUAACACAGGUGAGCGAUGGUGGAUAUCAACGUUGUCCUAGCCACUAACACAGGUGAGCGAUGGUGGAUAUCAACGUUGUCCUAUCCACUAACACAGGUGAGCGAUGGUGAAUAUCAACGUUGUCCUAGCCACUAACACAGGUGAGCGAUGGUGGAUAUCAACGUUGUCCUAGCCACUAACACAGGUGAGCGAUGGUGGAUAUCAACAGUUGUCCUAGCCACUAACACAGGUGAGCGAUGGUGGAUAUCAACGUUGUCCUAGCCACUAACACAGGUGAGCGAUGGUGGAUAUCAACGUUGUCCUAGCCACUAACACAGGUGAGAGAUGGUGGAUAUCAACUUUGUCCUAGCCACUAACACAGGUGAGCGAUGGUGGAUAUCAACGUUGUCCUAGCCACUAACACAGGUGAGCGAUGGUGGAUAUCAACGUUGUCCUAGCCACUAACACAGGUGAGCGAUGGUGGAUAUCAACGUUGUCCUAGCCACUAACACAGGUGAGCGAUGGUGGAUAUCAACGUUGUCCUAGCCACUAACACAGGUGAGAGAUGGUGGAUAUCAACUUUGUCCUAGCCACUAACACAGGUGAGCGAUGGUGGAUAUCAACGUUGUCCUAGCCACUAACACAGGUGAGCGAUGGUGGAUAUCAACGUUGUCCUAGCCACUAACACAGGUGAACGAUGGUGGAUAUCAACAGUUGUUCAUUAGGGGGCACACUACAGUGGGGAAAAAAAGUAUUUAGUCAGCCACCAAUUGUGCAUGUUCUCCCACUUAAAAAGAUGACAGAGGCCUGUAAUUUUCAUCAUAGGUACACGUCAACUAUGACAGACAAAUUGAGGAAAAAAAAUCCAGAAAAUCACAUUGUAGGAUUUUUAAUGAAUUUAUUUGCAAAUUGUGGUGGAAAAUAAGUAUUUGGUCACCUACAAACAAGCAAUAUUUCUGGCUCUCACAGACCUGUAACUUCUUCUUUAAGAGGCUCCUCUGUCCUCCACUCAUUUCCUGUAUUAAUGGCACCUGUUUGAACUUGUUAUCAGUAUAAAAGACACCUGUCCACAACCUCAAACAGUCACACUCCAAACUCCACUAUGGCCAAGACCAAAGAGCUGUCAAAGGACACCAGAAACAAAAUUGUAGACCUGCACCAGGCUGGGAAGACUGAAUCUGCAAUAGGUAAGAAGCUUGGUUUGAAGAAAUCAACUGUGGGAGCAAUUAUUAGGAAAUGGAAGACAUACAAGACCACUGAUAAUCUCCCUCGAUCUGGGGCUCCACGCAAGAUCUCACCCCGUGGGGUCAAAAUGAUCACAAGAACGGUGAGCAGAAAUCCCAGAACCACACGGGGGGACCUAGUGAAUAACCUGCAGAGAGCUGGGACCAAAGUAACAAAGCCUACCAUCAGUAACACACUAUGCCGCCAGGGACUCAAAUCCUGCAGUGCAAGACGUGUCCCCCUGCUUAAGCCAGUACAUGUCCAGGCCCGUCUGAAGUUUGCUAGAGUGCAUUUGGAUGAUCCAGAAGAGGAUUGGGAGAAUGUCAUAUGGUCAGAUGAAACCAAAAUAUAACUUUUUGGUAAAAACUCAACUCGUUGUGUUUGGAGGACAAAUAAUGCUGAGUUGCUUCCAUAGAACACCAUACCUACUGUGAAGCAUGUGGGUGGAAACAUCAUGCUUUGGGGCUGUUUUUCUGCAAAGUGACCAGGACGACUGAUCCGUGUAAAGGAAAGAAUGAAUGGGGCCAUGUAUCGUGAGAUUUUGAGUGAAAACCUCCUUCCAUCAGCAAGGGCAUUGAAGAUGAAACGUGGCUGGGUCUUUCAGCAUGACAAUGAUCCCAAACACACCGCCCGGGCAACGAAGGAGUGGCUUCGUAAGAAGCAUUUCAAGGUCCUGGAGUGGCCUAGCCAGUCUCCAGAUCUCAACCCCAUAGAAAAUCUUUGGAGGGAGUUGAAAGUCUGUGUUGCCCAGCGACAGCCCCAAAACAUCACUGCUCUAGAGGAGAUCUGCAUGGAGGAAUGGGCCAAAAUACCAGCAACAGUGUGUGAAAACCUUGUGAAGACUUACAGAAAACGUUUGACCUGUGUCAUUGCCAACAAAGGGUAUAUAACAAAGUAUUGAGAAACUUUUGUUAUUGACCAAAUACUUAUUUUCCACCAUAAUUUGCAAAUAAAUUCAUUAAAAAUCCUACAAUGUGAUUUUCUGGAUUUCUUUUCUCAUUUUGUCUGUCAUAGUUGACGUGUACCUAUGAUGAAAAUUACAGGCCUCUCUCAUCUUUUUAAGUGGGAGAACUUGCACAAUUGGUGGCUGACUAAAUACUUUUUUUCCCCACUGUAUAAAAUGUUUCAAAAUGUUUUGCAACAAAAAAAGGACAAUUUGCAUUUCUGAUUGGACAAGUCCUGGUAGCCCUCCUGUUUAAAUCUGUUUCCUUCCCUUUGGUGCCUAAUGAACAUGACCCUCUGUCCCCAUUUUGACUGGGUGGCGUCCUACUGAACAAUAAUAUGACCUGUCUGUGUUGUCUCCAGGUGCUAAUGACGGUGGCCCUCUGAAGAACCUACCUGUAGACCAUUUUGACUGGGUGGUGAUAGACGAGUGCGCCCAGGCCUUGGAGAGCUCCUGUUGGAUCGCUCUGCUCAGAGGCAGGAGGUGUGUCCUGGCUGGAGACUACAAGCAGCUGCCACCCACCAUCAAGUCUCAGACGUAA